AAUUACGAGUUACGAGUAUUGUACCGAAUCGUUGGCGAAAAAACAAAAAUGGAAAACAAUGAUCAAUGACAACAGCAUGAAGUAUUUAUGGCGAGUUAGUUCCACCUUCGCUGUCCUGCCGUAUUUCAUCUCUGAUUCUGACCAGGUGCCCCAAAAUUAUUCGCACAAUGGCAUCAACAUCAACCAUUCGGUUGGGGCCCACCGAUGACAACCCCAGUGCUCAUCUCCUACAAAAAGCCAUUACUGCUUUCUUCGAAAAUAAGAAUGCCGAUCACAGCAGCAACGGUGACACCGAUUCUGGUUUUGUCAUUCGGAACAAAUAUUUUAGCGCCGAUAUUUCGUUGAAAGGCAUCGGGAUGGAAACGAACGGAGCGCAAGACGAAACAGCCGCAUCCACGAUAGAGGACGGCGUCAUACUCGUGUUCGAUGCGGUCCAAUCGAAUCCGGAUUGUUGCCGAGACCAGCCCAACGCCGGGGCGAUAGCCACUUUUGAUUCGCUCCACGCCACCCACCAGCGAGCGAUCUCCGACCACACUUGCGGAGACUUGUUGCGACUCUGUGUCGGGGUCAGCCUCUCCGAACUCUCCCCAUCGGAACUCCGGGGGAAGGACCACGAAAAGGAGUACUCGCGACGGAUUUUGUGGUGCCUUGACAACGGGUACGAAUACAUCGAGGCCGAUUUGUCGGAGGAAGGACAGCAAAAAGGCCGUGACGACAGGGACAAGGACGGGUUCGCACGGGUCRUCGAAGCGAUAGAGGGAACCGUUUGGUCGAGUGCCGCAAUGUCCGCUUCCAAGUCCAGCACGUUGAAAACCACCUACGCCGACGGCAAGUCGGCCGUCGACAAGUCGGCGCCCCCGGCGGCGACAAAGAGUUGUAAGGGAGAAGAGACCAUCGAAACAAAGCCGGAAGGAUCCGGGUACGAACCACCCGUGGCUCCCCCGGUGGCAGCAGCAAAAAGCGACAAUGCCGCUUCCGUGUUUGGUCUGAAGGAAGAGAUGCCGGCACUGGAUCCCGAGGACCAGGUGACAGAAAAAUUGUUCGUCGAGAUGGAAAGCGUGCUGAAAGAAGCAUCGGAGAUCCGGCAGGCCUCCAAGAGCGGGGUUCUGACCGAUGACGAACGAAGGGAGCGUGCCGGAAAUGCAGCGCUAGCGCUAGUGAACCUGAUGGGUCAGUUUGGACUCGAUGAGGAAGACGACGAUAGCUAUGGGUCCGACGGUUCGAUGGUGGAAUGAAAGAAUCGCUUCGGCGAACACGCAGCACGGUCCUCGAAUCGUUUCGAAUGAUUCAAAACCUGGGGAGAGCCAGGGUGGUGUAGUCAACCAAGGCGCGGUUGUUGCUUCUUGCCGUCAAACAAGUACAACCGAAAGACACGUGUGAUUGCUACACCAUUGUUCAGUGUUGUAGUAUCACGAUUUCUUGAAUGGUUCGGUUGUUGCCCGUGUUGACCCUCUGUCGUUUCGCCAGUGAAGGCUUCGGUUCUGCUAGUGCUGUUGCUGCUGCUUUUGAUGAUAGUAUCGAGAUUUUUUCUCUUGGGUGGCACUAGUAUGCGAUUCACACGUUCUUGCUCCACAAGUGGCACAGUAASCCUGACCUGGAAUUGGAUCAACGACACUAUUUUAUUUUUCAACCUCUUAGUACUAGUAUUAGCAGUAAGAGCAAAUCGACUAUCUAGCAGUGCUGUCGCCUUACUUCUGAUGGUGGCUGCAUCAUUUUGCUAGCAAGCGGUGAUCUCGCACUAUUAGACACGGCAUGGUAUAUUAAGAAAUUCAAAUUUUCUCUGAAGUUGGUGCAGCUCUAUCAGCAUGUUUUGGCAUGCUCGUUCUUCCUUUUCGUUCUUGUUGUUGUGAAGCGCCAUCGUCUUUCUCACUGCAACCUGCUGCACCCAAGACAGCCACCGCAAUGUUCUCAUGCGCAACAGGGGCUUGACAAUGAAAUUUAUAUGACUAU